AAUUUGCUGUCCAUGCAUCCCUGUUUAACGUAAACAGAAUAAAAUAUUGGAAGUCAUCGAAAAUGAAAAUGAAUAUCCUUGUCGAUUUAUGGUAGUAUUUUGUGUGUUUGAAAUAAUUUUUAUGGCAUGGAUAUAGAUAAUGGGGCUGGAAGGCUAGCAGACAUUUUCUAUAACCUUAUUCUCUCAUCUUUAUUUCAUAGAUUCUUCAUUUGUUAGUGUGUCCAUGAGUAACUCGCUCUUGUUACCUUCUUUUUCCACUAGCAGUACUCGAGCCGUUUCUUCUUGUUGUACUUUUGUUGUCUCUACUUCUUCUCGUUGUGUAAUUUCUUGUGUGCAUAAACUUGGUGGAAACACUUGAGAGAGUCAAACCUUCAAUGGUGGUUCUUGAUUUUCUUCUACUAUUUGUUCUGAGUUGAGAAAUUUGUAAGGACUCUCUUGUCAAACUUGAUUUUCUGGCUAGAAUCUUUGUUGGAUGUUGGAGUUUGUGUUUUAAUACAAGCUGAAUUUCGAAUCUUUGUAUGUUCUGGUCCGUUUGUUUUUCCAGGUGUUGUUUUUGGUUGGUAGUUAACUGGAUAAAAACCAUUUAAGCUCUGUUUUAGAUUAGAAACUCAAGAAUCUUGAGGAUUCUUUGAUUCUUUCUUGAGGGUGUAUGUGUGAAUUACUUUUCUUGUUUAAUAUCUGGUCCUCUUGUAGCAUUCAAAAUCUGAACUUCGUAGCUGUUUUGACGGAUAAGAUCGCAUCUUUUCCUGAAACACACAUCUCCUUUCCGAGUUCCACUUCUCUGUAAUUGAAUUUGGAGUUUGGUGAAGUUCUCUAAAUAUUCUUCUUCGUUUAACCGUGCCUCUUCUUGGCCUCAUAGGUGAAGUUCGCUAACUAUUCUUCUUCGUUUAACCGUGCCUCUUCUUGGUCUUUUAAGUUUGGAUUUCUUUUGAUGUUGGGUUCUACUAGACAGUCUCUGUAGACUUGACAGUAGCUUCCUUUCUUUCUCUCUCCCUUUAUUUUUUUCUACACCUAGGGCUAGGCAAUAAGUAAGACCCACUUAAACCUUGGUACUGUUUUUAGAUAUCCCGUGUUUGUUACUGCUUUGGAUGAGUUUGCUUCAUGUAUUUGGGUUUGGUUUAAAGGUGGGUCAUCUACUUUGGAUGCUAUGUUGCUGGAUUGUAUCAGUAAUUUCCAUGAACUGGUUCAUUAAUGGUGGAAUUUUGGAGACCAAGGCCGGUUUGCUUGGUGAUGGUGGCAAGAUGUGGCUCAAAUGCUUGGAGAAAGUUUCAGGGAAUAGUUGCAAGAUCCAUCAUCUCUACUACCAGUAUAUUGGUUCCAAGAGAAUUAGAAAAACAUGGUGGCGAAAGCUUUUGGUCGCGUGGAUAGUUGGCUGGAUCAUUGUCUCUGUUUGGAUCUUCUGGUACAUGAGCUCACAAGCUUUUGAGAAGAGGAAAGAGACACUUGCAAGUAUGUGUGAUGAGAGGGCUAGAAUGCUACAGGAUCAGUUUAAUGUGAGCAUGAACCAUGUGCAGGCCAUGUCCAUUUUAAUCGCAACCUUUCAUCAUGGCAAAAACCCUUCCGCUAUUGAUCAGAGGACUUUCGCGAGGUAUACGGAGAGAACCGCUUUUGAGAGGCCCCUGACUAGUGGAGUAGCAUACGCUGUAAGGGUGAUCCACUCUGAGAGGGAACAAUUUGAGAAGCAACAAGGCUGGACUAUUAAGAGGAUGGAUACCUUUGAACAAAGUCCAGUUCAAAAGGAUGACAAUGUCGCCAAAGCAUUGGAGCCAUCCCCAGUUCAGGAAGAAUAUGCUCCUGUCAUCUUUGCACAGGAUACUGUCGCACAUGUGGUUUCCCUUGAUAUGCUGUCAGGAACAGAAGACCGUGAAAACGUGUUGCGUGCUAGAGCAUCUGGAAAGGGGGUUCUAACUGCUCCUUUCAGGUUACUCAAAACUAACCGUCUUGGAGUUAUUUUGACAUUUGCUGUCUACAAGACAGACCUCCCUUCUAAUGCAAUGUCAAAUGAGAGGAUUCAAGCAACUGACGGGUACCUUGGAGGAAUCUUUGACAUUGAGUCGCUUGUGGAAAAGCUACUUCAACAGCUUGCAAGCAAGCAAACUAUCUUAGUGAAUGUAUAUGAUAUUACUAAUCAGUCUCACCCUAUCAGCAUGUAUGGUUCCAAUGUAUCAGAUGAUGGGCUGGAACAUGUCAGUGCCCUUAAUUUUGGGGAUCCUUUCAGAAAGCAUGAGAUGCGCUGCAGAUUCAAACAAAAACCACCAUGGCCAUGGUUAGCAAUAACAACAUCAAUUGGCAUCCUUGUGAUUGCAUUGCUUAUUGGUUACAUAUUCCAUGCAACUAUGAAUCGAAUAGCCAAAGUUGAAGAUGAUUUCCAUGAGAUGAUGGAGCUUAAAAAACGAGCUGAGGCAGCUGAUGUUGCAAAAUCUCAGUUUCUUGCUACGGUUUCCCACGAGAUCAGAACCCCAAUGAAUGGUGUCCUAGGAAUGCUACAUAUGCUUAUGGACACAGAACUAGACGCAACUCAGCAAGAUUAUGUUAGAACUGCACAAGACAGUGGAAAAGCACUAGUCUCACUUAUAAAUGAGGUCUUGGAUCAAGCAAAGAUUGAAUCUGGUAAGAUUGAGCUUGAGGCAAUGCAGUUUGACCUGCGAGCAAUUAUGGAUGAAGUAUUGGCACUCUUUUCUGGCAAGGCUCAUGAGAAAGGUGUUGAGCUGGCAGUUUACGUGUCUGAUGGUGUUCCUGAAAUGCUAAUCGGUGAUCCAGGGAGGUUUCGGCAAAUUAUUACCAAUCUCAUGGGGAAUUCAAUCAAAUUUACAAAGAGAGGGCACAUCUUUCUCACUGUUCAUCUUGUAGCGGAGGUAAUGGACUCGAUAGAUGUUGAGACAGAAUCAUCAUCACGAAACACCUUGAGUGGUUUGCCAGUUGCAGAUAGAUGCCGGAGUUGGGUAGGAUUUAAGACUUUCAAUCCAGAGGGAUCAAGUCAUACUCUCUUGCCAUCCUCUUCUGACCUCAUCAAUCUAAUAGUUUCAGUUGAGGAUACAGGAGAAGGGAUCCCUCUAGAAGCCCAACCUCGUGUUUUUACUCCUUUUAUGCAGGUUGAUCCCUCCAUUUCCAGGAAAUAUGGAGGCACAGGCAUUGGCCUAAGCAUAAGCAAGUGUUUGGUUGGCCUCAUGAAUGGGGAUAUUGGCUUUGUUAGCAUACCGGAUAUUGGGUCCACCUUCACGUUCACUGCUGUCUUUAGCAACGGUUGCUCCAAUUCAAAUGACUCCAAACUCCAGAAGCAGAGACUAAAAACCCAAACUAACACAAUGUCUUCCAAAUUUCAGGGCAUGACUGCAUUGGUUGUGGACCCCAAGCCUGUUAGGGCCAAGGUCUCAAGAUAUCAGAUCCAACGACUAGGAAUACGUGUUGAAUUAGUUUUGGAUUUAAAUCAAGGUUUAUCUAGCAUAAGCAAUGAAAAUAAAGUUGUCAAUAUGGUCUUUAUUGAACAGGAAGUUUGGGAUAAGGAUUCGAGCAUUUCAGCUCUCUUCGUCAACAAGUUACAAAAAAUUGACUUGGGGGUUUCUCCAAAACUGUUCCUCUUGGGAAAUUCUCUUAGUUCUUCAAGAACAAACACUGCAACUUCUGGUGUUUAUACCCCAAGUGUCAUAACCAAGCCCCUCAAGGCAAGUAUGCUGGCUGAUUCUUUACAACGAGCAAUGGGUGGGAAUAAGGGGAAUCCUUGCAAUGGAGAGCACCCUAGUUUGUCUCUUCGCAAACUCCUUGUUGGAAGAAAAAUGCUUAUUGUAGAUGACAAUAAUGUGAACCUCAUGGUAGCUGCUGGUGCUUUGAAGAAGUAUGGAGCUGAUGUUGUCUGUGCAGAUAGUGGCCAAAAGGCGAUCAAAUUGCUUAAGCCACCUCACAAAUUUGAUGCAUGCUUCAUGGAUAUCCAAAUGCCUGAAAUGGACGGGUUUGAAGCUACAAGGAGAAUUCGGGAUAUGGAGUCAAAUUGGCAUAUACCGAUACUGGCAAUGACUGCAGAUGUGAUCCAGGCUACAUACGAGGAAUGCCAGAGAUGUGGGAUGGAUGGAUAUGUUUCCAAGCCGUUUGAAGCUGAACAACUCUAUCAGGAAGUUUCACGAUUUUUGCAGCCAACUUCCAGUGCGAAUUUGUAGAGUGCUUAUUUUGAAGGCUACUCAUGACAUGAGCUCAAGCACCUAUUCUCCAGGGCUUGAAGGGGUUGAGAGUUUUCUCGAACACACACCUUUCUCAAUUGUUCCUCAGAUGUUCGACUCUAAACGUCAAAUUACUUUGCUACCUCACAAGCUUGUGGACUUCCUGAUCCGCUUGAUGUUUCUCCGAAAAAAAAAAUCGUUUUGUUGCGGAGAGUGUAAAUAGAAGCCAUGAUUGAUUGGUUGGGCUCUAGUUCAUUGAUUGUUUUACGGGCUGCAUAAUGAAAGCUGAUUCCCUUUUCCUUGUAAAGUUGAUCUCAUUUCCUAGCUGUCAUAAGUGGUUAGGGACGGGGGUUUAUUGGUAGAGACACAACUCUUAGAAUAGGACGUUGGAUUCAAUUCUUACUUUCCAGUGGAUGGAGAAAUCCAGAUUCCCGAGUGUAUCAUAGAAAAUACGGAAUUGCAUUCUCCUUCAUGUGAAGUAAUAAAUCAGUGAGAAGCCGAAGAGAUCUCUCUUUCUUUGAGGGUGGCCGCCCGUGCCUCGGAUACAAGAUUCUCUCGGAAGAAGGAAAGAUAGCUUCUUGGUAGCAAAGGAGAGGAUGCUUCAUGUAUAUUAUCUCUUUAAUGACGAUGUUGAUGUGUACCAUACUAGGUUACUUUGUUAGAUGUUUCUAACAGUACCAGAAGGUUGUACUGCUAAGAAUUGAUGUAACUUAUACAGUGACUGUGUAAAAAAUUUGAGUAAUCGCAAGAUUCUUGUCUGUUCAUCACA